AGCCGUAACGGGAAAAUCCUCAAAUUCAUUUGUUUGCCCGUCCGUUUAAAAUGUGUUUGCCCAUUUCACUGCAGGAACAACUUACCCCAAACAUCGACAACAAAGAGAUACCGAACUUCGAGUAGAUAAAACGCUGGAUCUAGAAAUCGGAAAAUUGGUGUCGUAGAAACCGUUUUCUCUGUUCUUCCGGUUCCACCGCUGACACGAAAAGUUCAGAAACAUUAUCUUCUUUAGGUUUCGAAAUUGAGUUCGAUUAAUAGUCUAGGUUUCCAAGCUCAGCUGAUAGUGGAUUAAAGUUCUAGUACUGAUUUUGAGUUUUGGUGUUUAAACAAUGUCGGAUUCUUUCACCCAACAGUUUUUACAACUUGUCAGAAGAAUUGGAAAUCAACUCAAUCGUAAAGUUGCCGAGGUUCUGUUGAUUCUGACCAAUUACAAGAGUUCAGGUUCACUUGGAGCUAUUGCUGGAUUCGCGUUGGCUAUUAUUUUUACUUGGAAGUUCUUGAAACCAUCUAAAAAACCAAGAAUAAAUCAAAGGAAACCAGUAGGUUCUUCAGAUCCGAGGAAUGCUUCCUCUUCAGUUACUCAAGCAGAUGAAGUUUCCUAUUCCACUGAACUAGACAGAAUUGACGAGUUACAUCCUCCCCUGAAGUUGACACUUGGAGAGCUUGUGCGGAAGAAGCUACAUGGAAGCCGAAAGAUAACUUGCCAACUGCUUGGUGUAAUUCUGGAGGAGGAGACUCCUGAAGAACUAAAGGAGCAUGCAACCGUGAGGUCCUCUGUGGUGGAAGUUCUGUGGGAAAUCAGCAAAACUUGUGAUGUCUAUCUAAUGGAUAGAAUAAUUGAUGACGAAAGUGGGGAAAGAGUUCUCUUGGCUCUGGAGAACGCCGGACUUUUUGAAGCUGGUUGCUUGACGAGAGACAAGGUUCUCUUUUGUAGUACUGAAAAUGGGAGGACGUCUUUCAUUCGGCAAUUAGAACCAGAUUGGCAUGUGGACAGCAACCCUGAGAUUGUCUCACAGCUUUCUAGGUUCAUCAGAUACCAACUGUACAUUUCACCCACUGGAUCGCCUAUCACUGGAUCGAACAUCUUCAGCUCAACAAGUUUGGAUAGCUAUUUAACUGAAUAAAGAGUUGAUUCGAAACAUUCAGUUUCUUACCUAUUAGCACUGUAUAUAUGUUGUCAUUAGGGUAUGACCAGCUGUGGGAUGUAAUGUUGCUUGCUUUGGGGCUUUAGCUUUCGUCUUUGGUACCUUUUAAAUGUAUUCUAGGAUUGGAUGCACGGAUCACUAUAUCUAGGGUUGAAUGAAACUGGGGAAUCUAAAAAUUGCUCGGUGCCAUAUCUUUUCUGCUGCUUAGUUCCAUUGUUAUUUACACUAUAUGUAACUUUUUGGUUUUAUUAGUUGUCGCAAUUAAUGUCUGAAGAUUUGGGUUGUAAUACAUCAUGUGUCUUUGUGUAUCGUUUCAACUUCUUAAUGUCUGAGAUUUGGGUUGUAAUACAUCAUGUGUCUUGUGUAUCGUUUCAACUU